AUGGGUAUCACAAAGAAGUUCGACAGAGCCUUCCAAUGGGCGGGAGAGAAGAUGGGCCAGGAGGCCAAGACGAGCCAUACAGAUGACUUCAGGAUGCUCGAGACUGAAAUGGCCCUUAGACAUGAAGGAAUGGACCGACUCCAAAAAUCAAUGAACACAUACACCAAGUCACUCUCCCGACGAUGCGAGAGCCACGAAGACAAAGACAAGGGACUCCCUGUUAGCUUUCUAGGAAGGACCAUGAUCAGCCACGGUGAAGACUUCGAGCCCGAUUCAGACUUCGGCAACUGCCUGGUCGCCAUGGGCCAAGGCAACGAGCGCAUCGCUGGCAUUCAAGAGACCUAUGUUGCGCAAGCUUCUUCAUACUGGCUCGAGGGCUGCGAGCGGAACCUGGCCAUGAUGAAAGAAUAUCAAGCUGCCAGGAAGAAGCUCGAGAACAGGAGACUCGCGUACGAUGCCAGCACCACCAAAGUGCACAAGUCAAAGCGUGAGGACUUCAGACUAGAGGAUGAACUCCGAGCAGCCAAGGCCAAGUACGAAGAGUCGUCGGAGGACGUGUACCGUCGCAUGCAAGACAUCAAAGAGGCAGAGACGGAAGCCAUGCAAGACCUCACCAAUUUCCUCGAUGCUGAGCUCGAAUACCACGAGCGCUGUGCCGAGGAGCUUCGUCGUGUGCGUGCAGCAUGGCCCGCAGCUGCGACCAGUGGAGUAUCAGCCAGCAGAGGUGGUCAAUCCGAGUAUGGCUUGUCUCGCCGCACCACUCGUCCGAGAAGUAACACAGCUCAAUCAUACGGCGAGCGCAACGACCGCACUGAACGAUGGGCAACCCGACAGGAUAUCUACGAGGACCCAGAGCCUGCUCCUGAGCCAGUCCGCAUGCCCAUCCGCUCAACCCGUCAAGUCAGCAGCGGCACCACAACCCCUGCUGAGCCUCCCCGUCCUGGCUUUAACCGUGCUUCGACCCAUGUGGGCACAUUCGAGGGGCCCCGCGAUAGACCAAGCUACAGAGAGCCACCGUUGCCGCCGCCAUCGCAAGAAUCGCUUCGCAAGACCCCCAGUAUUCCUAACGCUCUCAACGUCCCUACCAAUGUUGGCUCCCUGAGAGGCAACCUGCGACCCAUCAGCCGCGUUCAGACCAACACAAGCAACAAUGGAGAUGUUUUUGCAGAUGAAUAUGAUACCGCUACCAGCAGCGGAAGCCCCGAAUAUGAUCGGAGCGAGAGCCCUGCAACUAGCUAUGGCAGCUUGAGUAGAACGACUAGUAACACUUUGCUCUCAGCCAAGAAGGCACCACCGCCGCCCCCCAGCCGUGCUAAGAAGCCACCGCCACCCAUUCCUCAGAAGCGGGACAUCGCCUACUAG